AUGUCUGAAACUGGAAGAAUAGAUAAGGUCUUGCUCUUUGGUCCUUGCCUUGCAGUAAACGGCGUUAUCACCGCGAAAGUCUUUGCCUUUGCAGUGGUCGUUCAUUAAAGAAAGAACCUUCCUUGCAAAUUCCUAUUUUUCUCUAUUGUUUUCCUCCUGAACCUCAAAAAAAAUAAAUAAAUAAAAUUAUUUAUCUAUGCUUGUCGACAAAGGGUGGCAUAAAGUAGUGCCUUUUAUAAGGUUAAUCCGAGAAGAAGAAGGAAUUUCCCCAAGAAUGAGUGAAAGAUUUCCAUUUUCCAAAUUAACCAAAACCCAUGAAUCUUGUUUCCCAUAUUUAUUUUUGUUUCACAAUUAGUUCUGCAAGAUUCUGAGUGAAAUUGUUGUUCAAGGAGAUGGCUUCACUUUUCGCUUCAGCCGCUGCAGGCGCUGGGUUGGAGUUAGUUUUUGGAAGUUUUCUGAGAGCUAUUUUGGAGGUAAGGAGAAGCAACAUCAUGUUUGCUUCUACCCUGAAGCUCCUUGAAGAGACAAUGGAGUCUAUAAGACCAAGCAUCAUGAGAAUCGAAACUUUCAACAGAGAUUUAGAUCGCCCAGAUGAAAUCAAAAGGCUACAAGAUUUGAUGAGAAGGGGUGAGGAAUUAGUUCUCAAAUGCGCAAAAAUCCAUCGAUACAACUAUGUCAAGAAGCCUCUUUAUACAAAGAAACUUGUUAAGUUAGAUGAAUCUAUUCGUAGAUAUAUUGAGACCAUUUUGCCACUGCAUCAAACAUCAGACGUUAAAGAGACAUUAUUUGAGAUGAGAAUCCUAAGUAGCCAGAUUAGGAACUUAAGCAUGGGAGGAGCAUCCAGUGCUGGGGUGUCCAGUGCUGGGGUGUCCAAUAAGAGUGGGUUUGUGGGUGUGUGCUCGCCUCCUGGGCUCAAGGUGGUUCCAGUUGGGUUAGAGAUUCCCUUGAAGGAAUUGAAAGAAAAGCUGCUCAAGGAUGAUAAGGCCUCACAAGUGACUGUAGUUUCUGCUCCUGGAGGAUGUGGAAAGACCACAUUGGUUACUGCACUUUGUCAAGAUGCUGAUGUUAAGGAAAAAUACAAGGGCAAUAUCUUUUUCGUUACUGUCUCGAAAUCACUGAACGCGCUGGUUAUUGUAGAGAGGUUAUUUCAGCAUAUGAAUUCCAGCACUGGUUUUCUAAGUGAAGAAGAUGCAGUUAAUCAACUGGAAAAUUUGCUCAGGUCCAUAGGACCAGAACCUAUACUGCUGGUCCUUGAUGAUGUUUGGUCUGGAGCAGAAUAUCUAGUUGAGAAGCUCAAGUUCCCAAUAAUAGAUUACAAGAUUUUAGUAACAUCGAGGUUUGAAUUUCCACGCUUCGGUCCCAGUUAUAAACUGAAAGCACUGAAUAAUGCAGAUUCCCUGACUCUCUUUUGUAACCUAGCAUUCCUGCAAGAUGGGAACUCAUACAGACCAGAUCAAGAAGUUGUGAAUAAGAUAGUGGAAGUCUGUAAGGGCUUCCCACUAGCCAUUUCAGUGGUUGGCAAAUCACUAUGUGGGAAGUCUGCAGCAGAAUGGAGCAAGAGGAUUAAGGAAUGUUCUAAAGCUUCUUCUAUUCUUGCCAACUUUGAGUUUGAGCUGCUUCAUUGUCUUCAAACCAGCAUUGAUGCCUUAAAUAAAAAUACUGCAGCCAAGGAGUGUUACUUGGACUUAGGUUCCUUUCCUGAAGACCAAAAAAUUCCUGCCUCUACACUUAUUGACAUGUGGACCGAAUGGCAUAAGCUCGAAGAAGAUGAUGCCAUUGCUAAUCUCUAUGAACUCUCUCAACGAAAUCUGAUUGAUUUUGUUGUUACAAGGAAAUACGCCAGUGAAGAUUAUGGCUCUAUUAAUGUGCUGCAGCAUGAUUUACUAAGAGAGUUGGCUAUCAUUCAAAGCAGCUCAGGAAGCAUUGAGCACAGAAAGAGGCUAUUUCUGGACAUAAGUGGUAAUAAAAUUCCUGAAUGGUGGGCUGAACAAAGGCAACAAUUUAUCAGGGCCAACCUUUUAUCUAUUUCCACAGAUACUGUGUUCUCAUCAAAUUGGUGCAGCAUCGAAGCACCCGAAGCUGAGGUUUUAGUUCUAAAUUUUCAGACAAAGAAUUACACCUUACCCUGGUUCAUGGGAGGGAUGAAUAAGCUGAAGGUUCUAGUCGUUGCAAAUUAUGGUUUCUUUCCUGCUGAAUUGAGCAAUUUCCAGCUUGUUGGUUCUUUAUCCAAUCUGAAAAGAAUCAGAUUGGAAAAGGUUUCACUUCCAUCCUUUUUCUCGGCCUCUGUGCAAUUGGAGAAGCUAGAAAAGAUAUCUUUGGUUAUGUGUAGUAUCGGUCAAGCUUUCAGCCACUCUACCAUUUUUAUGCCUAACAUAGUGGAAAUCAAUAUUGACUACUGCAAUGAUUUGAAGGAAUUGCCUGAUGGAUUCUGUGAACUUGUCCGGCUGAAAAAGCUCAGUAUCACCAAUUGUCACGAACUCUCUGCACUGCCAGAAGACUUGGAGAAUUUGGAGAAUUUGGAGGUGCUAAGGCUUAACUCCUGCAUUGAACUGUUAGAGUUGCCAGACACAAUCUGGAGGCUUCGUAAUUUGAGGAUUCUCGACAUAUCUGCAUGUUUAAGUAUAACAAAAUUGCCAGACCAGAUUGGCGAGUUGAGUAGUUUAAGAAAGCUGUACAUGAUUGACUGCUCAAGUUGUGAGUUGCCAUGGUCAGUUGUGAACCUUGUCCACCUAAACGAAGUUGUAGCUGAUGAAGAAACAGCCAACGCAUGGGAAGAAUUUAAGCCUUUCCUCCCAAAUCUGGCAAUAAAGGUGCAUAAAGAUAUAAACUUGAACUGGCUUCGCUUGUAAAUGUACCUCUUGCUCUGUGAUUAGACCAGAAAUAAACUUCAAAUCUUCUCUACACUAAGAACAUGUACAAUUUUGUUAAUUAUUAGCAGCAACAGCAUAAAGUGCCCUGGAAAGAGAAGAGUUGGAAGAAUGUUAUGUCUUGGAUCAAUUGUCCAAUUCAUUUUCUUGCAAGAAAGAUUUUACUUCAGAGGCUAAAGGGCAUCUUUGCUGAUAAUUUCUUAACUUUUGAUAAAUCCUCAAAAUAGAACUGUAAUAUACUCUAAGAUUUAGUUAUUAGCUUGGACACCAUCAUUUAUAUUAUGCCAUUUCAUUGAACUGAUA